AGUUAUGUAAGGAUAAGGUUAGGGUGUUGAUUUUCUUCAGAAAACAUUAGUGAAUGUGUGGAUGGCUUAUUUUAUCCCAAACCCUGCAUUCCUAGGUCGUCGGAGAAGCCCAUCAUGCUUAUUUGGUUGGAACAUAGGGAGGAGACAAGCUAGUGACAGGCCACAACCCAAGUAUUAUGAUCUUGAUCUUCCAUUCUCACCUUCUCUGGUUGACAAAACAUUCUUAAGAGGUAGGGAGCUGAAAUGCUGCUACCAAGCCACCAAAGAUGGAUUCAGUGCCACUGAUUUCCACAACUCCUGUGACUUCAAAGGCCCAUGUGUAAUCAUAGGCUACACAAACAAGUCCUUCAAGUUUGGUGCAUUCAACCCAGAAGGGUAUAGGAGUACUGAUGAUUACUAUGACACAUUUGAUGCAUUCCUCUUCUAUUGGAGAGACAAUGAGCCCUUCAUUCUACCCAAAGUAGGGGGCAGCGGUGCUGCCCUAUUCGAUUAUGCUCGAGGUGGACCGCAGUUUGGGGCUGAUGGGCUGCUUAUUGGUCCCCCACUCGCACCAGUAAUGGGCGGGUUUGCUGGUCCGGAUACGAAUUCGGGCAUUGGUGAUCUAAAGCAAGCCAAGUCUAGAUUGGGGUUGUCAUAUGCUAAGAGAGAGGAUGGGAAGGAGUCUAUCUUUGGGGAUGAGUCUAAAGCCAUUCUUGAAGAGGUGCAAGUUUUCUGCAGUCCUCAAAUUGCAAGCUUGUACUGAAUUUCAAGGUACUGUUGAUCUUACCUGUAUUAAUAUGAACUUGUGCAAUGUGAAUGAAUCAAUGCCAGUGUUUAAGGUUAACAUAGCAUUAGCCUCAUCUUUAUAACAGCAGACUAGCUUUGACACUUCAUUGUUAAUGAAUGUUCUGCUUCUGAUAAAGUUCCAAGAACUCCUUUUUUUUCCUGACUACAUUUUCAAUUGAAACUAGAGGAGGAUAUUGUUGAGG